CGGCGGCGGCGACGAUCACAAACGUUUCGCGUGAUCCGCCAGCAACAGACGUCACGAACGCACGUCGCGCCGCAUCUCGUUCCGCGUCCACACCGACGAGUGCGCGAUAUCCUUUACCCCGCCGCCCCCGCAUACACACGCGCCCGCGCGCGAUUCGGUCUGCGGUGUUUGUACGCGUUUCGAGACGGUCGUGUCCUGUCCCGUCUGCGAGAGUGGUGCGCACGGGAAACGAGACAACGUGACAUUAUACGACCCGCACGGACGGGGGUAGUUUUCGGUGGACGCUCUGAGGCGCUGCACUGCAGCGCGUGCGAAACACGACUCGACCGUCAUGACGACUUGCAGAAGUCUGCCGAUUCGCAGCCACGCGGCCCGCGAACGACGUCGUUGACGGGUGUUUCGAAGUCGUAGCCUCCGCCGCCGCCGCACGCCCUCCGUCGGGGGUGUCCGCGUCCGUUUCCGGUGUAGCCGUCGUCUCCUCCGCAGCCGCCACCGCCGCCGCCGCCGCCGCAACCCCCCCUAGUCGGCGGGCAUCCCGACGACGUCCACACACCGCCACGCGAUGGCCCGAUCCGGGGUCGUGGCGCCCCUCAUCCAGUUGCUGCUGUGCGCGGCCGCGCUGCGGCCCGCCGCAGUGAUGGUCAGCGGCCAGGACGCAGACUCAUUGGCCAGCAGUUUUUUCUCAGGUUUACUGGACACUAUCACUAGUACGGCGGACAGCAAGGACUGCCCUGGUGUAUGCGUACACACGCUAGCCACACUCAUAUGUUACGAGGUGCUGGAAAACGUCAAGUGUCCUAGCCCAACGAUGCGAUGCUGCGUGGAACCUCCCCCGUUGCCAGCCAACGGCACGGCGGCCGCCGUCAACAAGGUGGAUCAAACUACACCGACCACAACGUCCAGCGCCCGCCCGCAAGCGGUCUCUUCUAGCAGUCAACAACAGAGGCCGGCUGUGAACUCGUCGUCCGCGGACAAUCCGGGGAUCGUGUGUCCGGGAGUGUGUGUGGCGGAGAGAAUAGCGGACUACUGCGAGGCCGUGCUGAACGUGACGGAGAUGUGCAAGACGGGUCUGCGGUGUUGCGUGUCCAAGGACGCGUUCGCCGGCGCCGAACAUCUGGUCGUGUUGGACAGGAACUCGACCAGGAUCAGCGUGAGCAACGCGCCACACCGGCCGCCGGCACCGCCGUCCACCACGACCACCGCGGCAACGACCACGACGACGGCCGCGGCGGACGCGUCGGCGGCCGCACCCGCGCCGCCCGUGGGCAGCAAACAGUGUCGCGGCGAGUGCGUCAGCGGGCUGUUCGCGCUGUUCUGCGACGACGUGGACGCCGACGCGUACUGUCCGGGCGACGACAGCAGCUGCUGCGUCACCGCGCCCGCCGACGGACAGCCGGGACAGCCGGGCCAGCAGCAGCAGCAGCCGCCGCCGCCGCCGCCGCCGUCGCGUCCCGCCCAGCCGCCCAGACAGCCGUCGGCCAAGCCGCCGCCCGCGUCCACCACGGCCGCGGGACCGCCGUGGCCCAAGUGCCCGGGCUUCUGUCUGCUCAACCUGAUGGCCGCGUUCUGCGAACGGCCGUCGCUGGUCUCGUAGUCCACGUGCAAACGCGGCUCGGUUGCUGCGACAACACCAGGCAGCGGCCGCCCGUCGUCCUCGAACGCCGUCAAGCCCAAGCCGGCCGCCGCGCCGACCACCACCACGGCGGCCACGCCGCCCGCACCGCCCGACGGACGGCCAGAGUGCCCGGGAUCGUGCAUCGUCCCUUACUUGUCGUUCACUUGUUUCAGAAACGCCGAAAUGACGGACGUAUUCAAAUGCCGAAAACCGGGGACGCAGUGUUGUGCUUCAAAAACUCAAAUCCGCGAAGUUGUCGAACAGAAGACUGGCGUCAUCAACCAAGGGGCCAAUUCACAACAAUCUACACCGCAAACCUAUGGCGGAUUCACGCACAGAAACGAUACUAUACCGCCGUUUAGGCCGCACGUACCCAGUUCGUUACAAGUAUACACCCCGUCACCAGUCGAUUAUUCGGCGAAUCCUACAGUGUCCACGCUGACCACAUCAAAUCCUGUACCUUCCAAACCACCAACUUAUAGCAAGUACGUAUGCGGUGUAAAGGGAACGUCUAGGACGAGGACGUCGAGAGUAGUCGGCGGUGAAGACGCAGACGCGGCCGAGUGGUGUUGGCAAGUGGCGUUGAUCAACUCCUUAAAUCAAUAUCUAUGCGGUGGAGCAUUGAUCGGCACUCAGUGGGUGUUGACCGCUGCGCAUUGCGUGACAAACAUUGUGAGGUCCGGCGACGCGAUCUACGUGCGCGUGGGCGAUCAUGAUCUGACCCGAAAGUACGGGAGUCCGGGAGCCCAAACGCUCCGGGUGGCCACCACGUACAUCCACCAUAACCACAAUUCUCAGACUCUGGACAACGACAUUGCUCUGCUCAAGCUCCACGGUCAAGCCGAGCUCAAGGAUGGUGUGUGCCUGGUUUGUCUACCGGCAAGAGGUGUCAGUCAUGCAGCCGGAAAGAGGUGUACGGUCACAGGGUAUGGGUAUAUGGGAGAAGCAGGCCCGAUACCGUUACGAAUUCGUGAGGCUGAGAUCCCGGUGGUCAGCGAUACGGAGUGCAUUCGCAAGAUAAAUGCAGUCACCGAGAAGAUAUUUAUACUCCCAGCCAGUAGCUUUUGCGCCGGUGGUGAGGCCGGAAACGACGCCUGUCAGGGAGAUGGUGGUGGACCUCUUGUGUGUCAAGACGAUGGAUUUUUCGAAUUGGCUGGAUUGGUGUCUUGGGGUUUUGGAUGCGGCAGAAUAGACGUACCUGGUGUAUACGUUAAGGUUUCGUCAUUUAUUGGCUGGAUCAAUCAAAUUAUAAGUGUAAACAAUUUAUAAUUUUGAAUAUUCAAACAUUAAUUUGAAUCAGUUCAAAUCUACAUUAUCAAAGUCGAACAUUGUUUAAAUUUAGUUUAAAUUUAUUAAUAAUUUAUUUAUUUAUUAUUUAUUUUGUAUAUAA